GUGUGUGUGUGUGUGUGUGUGUGUGUGUGUGUGUGUGUGUGUUUGAAUAGUCUAUUCAGUAGUAAUAUGAUCUCUCUUCAUCUAUAGGCCCAUGCCAUUCCUUUCCCAAAAAUAACCCCAUAUUCCCCUUUCUAAUUCUUCACUGGGCACCAACACAUGCUCACACACACCACUUGACUGACACUCCUGCUAUAUGAUACAGGCGAAUGGUCAGGAAAAAAAAAGUGAGGUCACAACUACAGGACUCCCUCAUCUCUUCUUCUGCAUUCUAGUUUAUACUAUAUUACAGACCAAGAUAUAUUUCAGACAUCUUAUCUGAUAACCAUAUUAUAAAGUAGAACCUGUUUCAGCAGAUAUAAAUUAUUGUACAGGAACAUACCAGGACUAAAUUGAAGUGGUCACCAUGAUGUCUGAUGAGUACUUGGUGGACUGCAAAAUAGAUGAUGAUGACUAUGACGAGGAAGAGAUGAAGAUCCAGCCCACUCCAACUCCCCCAUCAGAAUUCUGCUCCAGCUCCCAAGUGUCCAAAAGCUAUGGUGAAACCAGAGACCCCCAUGGAGCCAACAAUCACUUGAGGAUGGAGCUUAGUGAUGUUUUGGCCGAGCCAGCCUCGUCACACAGUUACGAACGUGUUUGGGUGUACAGUAGCAUUGGGUUUGAGUCAGCACGAAUCUGGAGUUACCGCUGCCUCACGGCACUGUUCGCAGUCCCCAUUUCCUGCCUCUCUGGUUGUCUUUUUGCACUGCUGGCCUGCUUACACAUCUGGUGUGUGAUGCCCUGUGUACAGGUGUGUCAUACCUGUUUGCCCUGUGUUAGGUCCCUGUGGAUGAGUGUGGUGAAUAUCUUCAUCAUGCCACUCUGCAUGUCUGCAGCUCACUGUUGUAGUGGAAUAUAUGUAUUAUUCUCUAAUGAAUGAGGCACACAGUGAAAAAUGCACUCCAUAUAUCAGAACCAUAAUUUUUUAAAUUAAAGCAUACAGUACAUACUUCAUUACAUUAAAAAAUGUAUUUCAAGAUUCAGUGCACUUAAAUACAACUACAUUGGAGUUUAAUGAAUGGAAUAUAAACAAUGUUUAAAUAAACACUGAUCGCUGUGUGGCUUGAUAUGCCAAAUAUAAUCAACCAUAACAUAUAACAUAUUAACAUAUAGGAAUAUAUAUAGAAUCUAGGUUUCGUCCAUCCAUUUUCCGUACUGCUUAUCCUACACAGGGUCCAUUGCAUUACACAAUGACAGUGUGUCCUAUUGCACACACAUUCACACACUAUAGACAAUUUGGAAAUGCCAAGCAGCCUGGGCUUAAGAAGGAAGCCGUGGUACGCAGAGGAAACCCUGUGUACGCAGGGUGGGGGUAGGAUUUGAGCCCCCAACCCUGGAGGUGUGAGGCAAA